AUGGAUCCGUUCAACAACCCGGACAACCCGAACACUCCGAACAACCCGAAUACUCCCAACAAUCCGACCCAACCUAAUGCUUUCUCGGUUCCGGGAUAUUAUCCGACGCUAGAACCGAACCAAUUCUCGCAAUAUUCAUCGAACGCGUUUGCUUCAUUCCAACACUCGCCAAACCAAUUCGCUCAAAUCUCCCAAAAUCAAGCCCUUCAACAAAUGAUGAUGCGGGGUGCUUGGAACUUCCCACCCAUCCAACCUCAACCGAUCCCCACACCACCCGUUCAACCUCAACCGAUCCCGGCCCAAUCCGAACCCGAAGACGAUGUGGAGAUUGUUCCCGAAACCCAACCGCCUAAAGGGAAAGGAAAACGAAACAAAGGCAAGCAAGUGGUGGGUGAUCAACCGUCGAAACCGAAGGCGACUAAGUGGACACCAAUCGAAGAAGAAGCCUUAGCCAAGGCUUUCAUUGGCACUGACAACCCGACAAAAGUUGGUAAUAACCAAUCGGGUGAGGGGUUUUGGUCCAAGGUAUUGGCCAAGUUUCUCGCCUUGAUGGACCAAGGCCCGUAUCGAGAUCUCGACUCGGUUUCCUCAAAGUGGCGGAAAAUGAACUCGUCCAUCAAUAGGUUUUGCGAGGAAUAUAAUAAAUUAUAUACAAGUGACCGUCGUAGCGGGUGGAACGACGAGGAUGUGUUCAAAAUGGCGUUGGAAAAGUAUAAGGACAAGAAUGGUACCAACUUUCCUCACGUUCGCGCGUGGAUGGUUGUAAAAGACGAACCAAAAUAUAGGCCUAUUCCCAACGAGGUGGCGAUGGCGAAACGCCAAAAAACAUCGGAAACGGGUAGUUUUACUGUUUUAGCGUCGGUGGAUCGGACGCGAGGUGUCACAUAA